GGCCGUUCCAUAGGUUACGCUUCUCCCGGGUAAUAACACAACCAAACUGUCAUUCAAUUCUAGUACUCUGGCUAAUUCCUACAAGAAAAAACACUUGAAUCAAGUGCAUUAUCCCGAAGAAAUGUGCAGCAGGGGCUCUCUAAUUUGACUACUGUGAAAAUAUGUAAUGAAUUUUUAUAUGACACUGAUGAUAGUUCCAUGAGAUCAAAAUGUCAAGCUUUGUUGCAACAAUUUUUGUGCCAAAACAACUUGAGAUUCGUAGACCUGGACCACUUUAUGGCAGAUUUAUCAGAUCUUCAGGGUCCCUUACAGAUCCAGAGAGUUUUGUUAUUGUUUUGUCAUCUGGAGAAUUACAACCAGAGCACAUUGUUGGUAUCAUGGGGAGCAACUUAGGAAGACAUCAAAGUUUUUUUCGAAAUAUUUGGUUGGAGUUACAAAGUGGACCCAGUAUUAGUGUUAGACGACUUAGUUUAUAUGGUCAUGGUGUCCCAUUAGAAGAUGUUACUGUUGUCUACUAUAACAGUGAUGAAAUAUGGGAAUCGGAGCUUAUUCUCCAAAAAUACUCCUUGAAUGGAGACCAACUCUCAGAAAAUGUAUUGCCAUACUUUGUGGAAUGUGUUUCUAAGGAAAAAAGCUCUGAAGGCAGUGAAAAGGGAAAUGUUUCUCAUACAGUGGUAUUCAUAGAAGUUCUGAUAUACAUAAUGACAUUUAUUCCAUAUAUUAUAAUAAGAAAUAUUCAUUCUAUUCUUCAAAGCAAAGUUGAUUAUACAAGCAGUGCGCUUCAACAAAUAAUAUACAGAAUCAGCCAGUUAGAAAAAAUAACCUUCUUGUUAAAAAGCAGGAGGAGAACUAUCUUGAAUGGCCGCUUGAUUACAAUGAUAUUUGUGGACGUGUUUUGUGGAAUAACUGUUGCUUACUUUAUUGGCCAUCAUGCGUCAGUAAAUGAUAUGUAUGACACCUUUUGCAGCUGGACAAAGGUCUUAUCUUCUUGUGUUCAAGAUCUCUUGGAGUGGCUGAGUGGUGCUCCUGCUGGUCUUAAGUUGAAUCAGCCACUGACACAAGCACUAUCUGCUUUCUUCUCUUACCACGUACACCUUUGGAGACUGUAUUUAGAACUGGCCGAUCCCCUCUUGAAGGCUUUAGCUUGGAUCUUAGUAUGGCUUGGAAUGUUUGGAUUAUCAAUUCAAGUGGCCAUUCUGUCAGACCUCCUAGAUCUAGCAACUCUCCAUCUGUACUGUUUUUAUGUUUAUGCUGCAAGGAUCCACAUGCUCCAAAUAUCGUUGUUAGGAUCUCAGUGGAGAGCAUUCCGAGGGCGGAAAUGGAACCCUUUAAAAUUAAGAAUUGACAGUGACACUGGAAAACAUAUGUCCUUGAAAAGAGUUCUGACUGCUGUGGUGUUCACACUUGUAAUAUUCUUGUUACCCACAACUACUGUCUACUACCUUGUUUUUGUCGCACUUCGAGUCAGUCUUAGUGCUCUGCGAGGUAUCCUAACUUCAUGCAUCUGGCUUUUGAAUUUUAAUCCUGUGUAUAUAGUGGUCUUGAAUCUGAUGGGCUCUAAUCGGAUUAAAGGUGAAAUAUGCCUCCAAGUAUGUAAGAAUUUUGGAGACCAGCAGUCAUCAAUAUUAAAAUUUAAUUUAUACACUUGGCCUACACCAGUUAGUGAAGCUUUGAAAUAUGCCAGAUGUGAAGUCUUACCAUCUCCUCCAUCUUUAGACUGGAAAUCUGUUCUCUCUAGUGUUGUGUUUGGUAAAGAUUUAUUGUAAAACAAAUUAAUUGUUUAAUAAAGGAUGUCUUUUGAAAGGCUUCAAAUCAAUA